CCAGUCUGUCUCUAUUUGUGUGUGAACUUCAUCCUCCGCCGUGCUCUGUGUAAUCGCAUAUUCCGGUGACCUUUCAACCCUAAAAUCUCCUCAAUAUCCAACCGCAUUCUCACUCGAUUGUUUCUCAACUUUCGUCCUCAUCGAUUAUCGAUCACAGAUUUUUGUUUUGUUUUUCUUCUUUCUCGUUUUGAUUUUGUUUUCUUAUACCGGUCAUCACUUGUGAACUUGAAACCCUAAUUUAUUCCAGAAGAAGUUGGAAAUUUUGAAGUUUGUUUAUUUUGAUCCAAACGAACCCUAAUAUUUGAUGGCCGCUAUGAAUUUUCAAUCCGACGAUAGCGGCGGCGGCGUCAUUAAAAGCCCUAGGUCUCCGGGACAUUCACAAACGGUUUCAUCUCCGUGGAGUUCGAUUGUACAGGGUUCUCCGGUUAUUGUAUCGGAUGCUGUUUCCGCGGCUCCGGUUUCUGUUGCUCCAGCACCCACGUUUUCAUCUUCUGUUGAGGAGCAAAUAGGUAACUUUACCUCAGAUUGGUGUCCGCCUACAACGGUGCCGGAGAUAGCAAGCUCACCGGAUGAUUCUGGCACUGAUGGGCAGGGUUCUGACAGUGGUGGUGUUGGCAGCAGCAGUGCAUCUAAGAAACCCGUGUGGAAUAAACCGAACGGUGUCGUUGAGGUUGUGAGUCCUGUAAUGGGUGCAGUUUCUUGGCCUGCUCUCGGAGAGUCUACUAAGGCUUCCCCAAAAUCUUCCUCGUCGGAUUCCUUAAAAGCUCUUGCAGAUGGACCAUUGCCGCCUGCGUUACAGGUGGUGACUGGAAAUUCAUCUCCUUCAUCUCAUAAACAGGCAAGUGAUAGUAACUUGCAUCCUACAUCAACCCCAAACCAUGUAGCACCUGCCAGGCAGAGAUCUAUGAAGCGAGGUGGGAGUUUUAAUUCAAAUCUAUCAGUUAAUGGAGGGGCUACUCACAUGUCAUCAACAAGCCACGAUUUGGUAGUGGAAAGUCCCCAUAAUACAUCUCUAAAACCUGGUACUGCUGCUGCAGAAUCUUCUCCCAGAGACCAAACACACAUUGAAUCACAAAGAGGAGGUUUUGGGGCACAAUCACAUAAUGGUAAUGAUCACCAACAUCAAAGACAUUCAUAUAGAAGGGGCAGUGGUGGGCAACAUACACGUGUAGAUGGUUCUUACCAUCACAACUAUGGUGGUAAGCGGGAUCAAGAUCGUGGGAAUCACGAAUGGAACCAGCAUAGUAGAAGUUUUAACAGCAGAGAUACCCACUUGCAGCCACAGAGAGGUUACCCUAGGGGGGGUUAUAUACGGCCCUCUGUUCAUGCUUCCACCCCAUUUAUUCCUCCACCAAUGCCUCUGCCAGUGCGGUCUUUUGGCAACAACAUGAUCUAUCCCGAUAUGCCAUCUCCGUUGUUCUAUGUUCAAGGUCCACCACCUCCACCUGAGUCCCUCAGAGGUAUGCCUCUCGUUGCACCAAUUCCACCUCCCAUGUACUUUGCUGUACCAGAUCCCAUGUUGCAUGCUAGGAUAGUAAGCCAAAUUGAUUACUAUUUCAGCAACGAGAAUUUAGUUAAAGAUACAUACUUGCGGAAAAACAUGGAUGAACAUGGUUGGGUUCCUGUAAGCUUAAUAGCAGGCUUCAAGAAAGUUUUGUAUCUGACAGAUAAUGUUCAGCUAAUACUAGAUGCUAUGGGAGCUUCAACUAUUGUGGAAGUGCAGGGUGACAAAAUAAGAAGACGAAAUGAUUGGAUGAGAUGGCUAAUGCACCCGCCUGCUCAAUACUCGAACCUGUCGAGCCCUCAGGCUGUUGGGAGGUCGCCUAAUCAAGAUGUAUUGGCAUCACAGCUUCAGGGUGUUACACUGGAUGAGACGGCCUCAACAAAUCAGGAUUCUGUCGACACUUUUUUUGGUCGGUCGUCUUCAGGGGAAUUCCAGUUGCAACAAGCCGGAGGGGAGGAGAUUGGCCACGUGGGUGGUCAACAACAAGCAGGUCCGGAACGAGCAACAUUGGCUUGAAGCUUACAUGAGACUAAUCAUAUGGCAGAGACGGGUAGACUAAAAAGCAAUGUUUUUUAGAAGAUGCGGGCUAUCCUGGAUAUCCAUCAAGAUUUACCGGUAGAUAGAGAAAUGGUGUUUUCAGAAGCACAUGGAUAGACAAAGGUAAACAUUAAAUGAAAAACCAAAAUAGAAAAAAAAAACCAAAAAAUCAAAAAAAAAAAAAAAAGAUUACAAAUUUGAAAAAGCAAAAAAAAAGAGGAAAAAAGACUUGAAUAAAAAAAGAAAGUGAAAAGGAUAGAAUAUUACGACUUUUCCAAUUGUUAAGUCUUGGCUUGUUGGAUAAGAUGAUUUAUUUUUGGA